AGCAGCUGCUUCAAUCUGUCGCAACGUUUUCUUUGUUUCACAUGAAAAGUUCUGAUGAACAAUCUCAGACCGAGUCUCACCGAUCAAACCGGAUUAAACUGGGAUGAAACCGGAUUAACGGGGGAUUCAACCGGACUAAAGGCGCAGGGGAGGAGCGGCGGGACUCGAACCGGAGCAGAAGUUCGAGUCUGGACCAGAAUCCAGAUCAUGGAUCAUUAGAACCUGACCUGGAGGAAACGGGUCUACAUGGAGAUGAGAGGAUCUCAGAAGUGAUCGCGUGUUGAUUGUUUAUUGAUCAGCGGAAUGGCCGCGCUCCCGCUGCUGCUGCUCGCGCUCUGGACCUGCGGGCACGACAAGAGCGCGUUCGCGACGCGACCCUCCUACAGCCUGUACACCGGCGGGCACGCGCAUGGAGUCCGUGCAGCCAGCAGACACAGGAACUGGUGUUCGUUUGUGGUGACAAAGACGGUGAGUUGUGUUGUCGAGGACGGAGUGGAGACGUAUGUGAAACCUGAUUAUCAUCCCUGCAGCUGGGGGAGCGGACAGUGCAGCCGAGUGGUGGUGUACCGGAGCUUCAUGAGGCCGCGCUACAAGGUGGCGUACAAGAUGGUGACGCAGAUGGAGUGGAAGUGCUGUCAUGGCUACAGUGGAGAGGACUGCUCCAACGGUCCAGCUGGUGGAGCAGGACCCCAGGUCUCCACCUUCAGACCACAGCCCAGACCUGGACCUGGAGGAGGGACGGGCUCUGGAGGAGGACAGAGCGGGGGACACGGUGGAAAAGUUGAGAAUGAGAAGAUGAGGCAGCUUGAGGAGAAGAUCCAGAGUCUGACCAGGAUCGUCCAGGACCUGCAGUCCACCAUGAACAAUCCGUCCGUCAGCAGAGGAGGAGGAGGAGGAGGAGGAGAAGAAGGAGGAGGAGGAGGAGGAGGAGGAGGAGGAGGAGGAGGAGGUUCGUCAGGAGGAAGAAACCCUGCUGAUGCUGCUCAGCCAGAGAUUAAAGAGACGAUUCACAGUAUCCAGACCAAACUGGACCAACUGGACAAUCGCACACAGGCUCAUGAUAAAAACCUGCUCAGCAUCAACAACCACCUGGUGAACGGGAAAACCAACGAUCUGGACGGAGGUUCUCCUGGAGGAGGACUGAGCGGAGGGAAGCUGAACUCACUGAAGGAGGAGAUCCUGAGGGAGCUGGAGACCAGAGUGUCGCUGUCCUGCUCCUCCUGUCAGGUAUCACCAAACUACAGUCAACUAAUCACAGCGCCCCCUGAUGGUCAGGAAGUGACUACAGCCAUAUGUGAAGGAACAUUUGACUUGUUUCCGUGUUCAGGACUGAAUCGUCACGUGUCCAGUUUGUGGACAUGUGUCUCUGGUCUGAACGACACCGUCGUCCAUCAUGGAGGAAUUCUGGACGUGAUUCAGAAGAAUCAGGACGACGUCCACGGCCGGAUGAAGAACCUGAAUUCAAGCGUCAACCACGUCCUCAGAGAUCUUCAGAACUUCUCUGAGCAGGACGUGAGCGGCCAGCCUGGACCCCCAGGACCACCUGGUGAAAGAGGACUCAAUGGGCUGCCGGGCCCCCGGGGGCCCCCAGGACCUUUUGGACAACAAGGACACACCGGAGCUCGAGGUUUUCCUGGUCCCAAAGGGGAAACAGGUUCGCCCGGUGCUGAUGCUCAUGUCCCCAGACUGUCCUUCUCAGCCGCCCUCACCUUCCCAGUGGACAAAGCUGGGACCAUCGUCUUCGAUAAGAUCUUUGUGAAUGAAGGAGAUUUUUACGACCCGAGAACAGGUGUUUUCACCGCCCCAGUCGACGGACAUUACUUCUUCAGCGCCGUCCUGACGGGUCAUAAGAACGAGAAAAUCGAGGCAGUUCUGUCAAAGUCUAAUUACGGCAUGGCCCGCGUGGACUCUGGAGGCUACCAGCCCGAAGGCCUGGAGAACAACCCUGUGGCCGAGGCGAAGACCACUCCGGGCUCCCUGGCCGUCUUCAACAUCAUCCUGCCGCUGCAGGCCCGGGACACGAUCUGCAUCGACCUGGUGAUGGGAAAACUGGCCCACUCCGUGGAGCCGCUCACCAUCUUCAACGGGAUGCUGCUGUACGAGGACAUGUGACCACCUCGUCCUGACGCUGCCUGAGAACCAGACCGACAGGAACAGGAAGUGUGACGUCAGAGGGUUCAACCCUGACCCUGAAUGACCCUGAAUGACCCUGACUCUGACCCUGAAUGACCCUGACUCUGACCCUGAAUGAACCUGAAUGACCCAGACUCUGUCCCUGACCCUGAAUGACCCUGAAUGAAUCUGACUCCUGAAUGAAUCUGACCCUGAAUGACCCUGACCCUGACCCUGAAUGACCCUGAAUGAAUCUGACUCCUGAAUGAAUCUGACCCUGAAUGACCCUGACCCUGAAUGACAGCUGAACUGUGUGACUGCUUUAGUCCAAUCACCUGAUGUGAUGUGGUCACAUGACCUCGGAGCAGCACUGUGAGGACACGACUGUAAAGCAGGACUCGCUGACGCCUGCUGCUACUUGAAUCUUUUAAACACGCGACUUCCUGUGGUGAAGAAUUACAGAAUUAACAGUUUGUAGCAUAAUACCCCCCCCUACAGGCAGCAUAGUUCAUUACAGCCACAACAUACAACUUUUUCUUUUCUGAUUCUUCAAGUUUGAACAAUAGUGGAGCAAAACCUGCAGAAUGUGACCAGAAGGUGGCGCCACUGGAGAGAUCGUCUGCAUCUAAAAACAAGAUCUGGACAUUUAUUGAUGAUCUGAUUGGUCGAUAUUUAGAUCCCGGUGUGUGGUUGAUGAUCUGAGUCAGAGACACUGAGACGUUUGGACAGACAGUGAUCCUCAAGCUCCGCCCACGUGGGAGUUUAACUUUGAGUUUGAUGAAAAGCCAAGAAAAUGUUUCCUGUUGAAUUUGAUAGGAAGUGAGUUCACAUUGUGAAUGUUUUUAUGUUGAGCUGCACCUUCUCUUGUUUUAAUUGUGUUAAUUUUUGUGUCCAACUUUUUAAACCAUUAUAACAAAAUGUCACUUUUAGCGUGUGUUAAAGAACAAAGGCAUAAAACACACCAUAUUUUCUUAUUGUCAACAAAUCACAUUAAAGAGCAGCAGUGGAGGAGAAACGUCAGAAAACCACACUGUAAAAAUACAAAGAGAAGUUUUUAUUUUAAAUGUUAUUUAAGUAAACAUAAAAAAUAUUUAUCAUUUAAAUGUUUUAUAUUUUUUAAUUGUGUAAAAUCGUAUAAUAUUUUAUAGCUAUGCGCAUAUACACACACACAUACACACAUACACUCACACACAAACACACACACAACCAUUAAACUCAUCUUUAGAAUCUGACUGAUAAGAACACCAUCUAUAAGAUAAAAUAAGAUGAGAUAAAAUAUAUUAAGAUACGAUAAGUUUAAAAUAGAUAAGAUAAGAUAAUCGGUCCUUUGGUCUUUACAAACAGAAACAUUGCGUUUGUUUAUUUACAUGUACAACGAGGAAAUGAGUUUUGACCACAAGGGGUCAGUGUAGUCACAUUCUAACAUCAGGUGUGAAAAGAACCAGUCACAGAUUAGUUACACACACAGUAGUUGCAUAAUCAACUACUGUGUAAAGUACUUUAGUACAAUAUGUGAGUAAAAGUACUCAGUAACUGUUGUUACUCUAGAUAAAAUCUCAUCAACAGACACAUUAUUAAAACUGUUAGUUUGCUGCUGAACAUGUGAUUUGUUGACAGAAAUGAAAAUAUUCAGUGUGAACGGAAACAGUUUAAAUCUGAAGUUAAACCAUCACCACUGAGACGUAUGAAGGACAAACACACACACACACACACACACACACACACUCACACACACACAUACACACACUCACACAUGCACAGACACACACAAUGGUUUUUGCUCUAAUGAUCAUUUCUCUAAGAACGACGUAUGAAUCAUGUAUUUCAACUAAACCUUCUGUUAUUUAAUGACUUCAUCAGCAGCUGAUGUGAGGACGUGUGAUGGUUUCAUAUCACUGACGUGUUUGUUUUCACUCUUCACUGAAUAAACUGAUGAACCAGAUAUUUAUAACACGUAUACUUUAGCUAUCAUCUUCAUCUAGUCCGAGAGGAGAAGUCACGAGCGUCACUUGUGUUAGAGUGAAUUCUAAAGUUGAUUCUCCGACAGGCUCCAGCUUCACUUCUCAUGUUAAAUCUCACUUUUGUAUCCAGUAAAUUUCACUGUCAUUAAAACACGAGUGAAACCAAA